UAUGUUCUUGUCUAGCUAAAAGGGAGAUGCCUCCAAUUCCAACAUAUACAAACCCUUUAUUUCAGUGGAACUGAACUUAUUAGUCUAAAACUUGGUUGGAAAAGAAAAGAUUGGUCAGUUUAUUCAAUUACCUCAAAAAUGGUAAAGUGUUUUCAGUCUGAAGAGUGACCCUACGUGUCCUGGGUACAGGAUCUUCCACCACUCUGCGGGCACCGAAAGUACACAGAGAGCGAAGUUUACCAUCUGCUGUGCCAAAAUACCUGGCAACCGAUGUGAAAACAACACAAAAAAGCGUUUGUCUUAGCUAUCCUUGAGCUCUGAAGUUUAAUGAAAAUGGUGUGACUUUAUAACCUUGCCAAAAACUGCUACAAUAAAUUAGAUAAUGUCUACAUCUCUUAACACCUCUUUUAAAAUGAACAAAGUCCUGUUUUAGAAAUUAUAGUACAAAUAACUCAAAUUAACUACAUGUAACGGAAUUUCAAGAUCCCCGUUAAAUGGUCAUUUAAGAUUCUUUAGCAGCCAGUUCACGAUGUAACUACUAUUCUUGGAAAGGAAGCUGGCUUGCAGCAAUUGAAAGCUUGCAUGAGUAGCUUUAAAUGCUUGUUAGGAGAAAGAAAAAGUGGUGAAGUAACAAGACUGGCUGUAAGUAGAAAGUAAAGCUGCAAGUUUUAAUUAAGUACCCCCAUAAAAUGUAUUUUAAGUCAACGCAUUCACUCCUAGAAAUCCAACGGGUUUUGAAGUCUUAUUAUAUGCUCUCUUUUGUUCUUCUGAAGACAUUUUAGCUUCAUCUAAGCCACUUCAGAUGAUGUGGGUGGGUGUGAGAGGCUAUUGCGAAUUUGAACAUAAUUGACAAGAAAGGAAGAAAUGGCACUCUUUUGCAGGUAUCCCAUGUCCAUUUUUUAUAAGUAAGGGGAGGGGAUGAUGGAGGAUGGAUUUCAGAGGGCUUGCGAUGGGGAGGCUCAGGAUUGGUGGAUGCUGUUGUUUGGCAUGGCCCCCUGCCAAGCACUUAUGUCUUUAUAUACUGUAAACAGAUGACCAACCAGUCCCGAGUGUGUCUCUACGUUCACCCUCUCUUUCUGGCUCUCUCCAUCUUCUUUUUUUACCUUUCUUCAUCUUUUCUGUAGACCUUUGCUUCAUCUGCACAGCCUCAAGACUUUCUCUUAACAAGACCGGGCAAAAGCAGCAAACACAUCCUCCUCCAUAAAAACUCUUGAGUCACUUUUUCGAGAAACCACCAGUCAAGCCUUCAGCUGUUUGCAGUGUCGGCGUGGGAGAAAGAAACCAUGUCUCAGCAGAUGUUGCACUUGACGUUGGUGUCCAUGUGGCUUUUUGCCGGGUACUUUCUGGCAGAGGCAACAUAUUACAACCACCAUAUGUACAACCGCUACCGUGCAAUCAAUCACAAUGCCAACAUGGACAAUCAGCUUCCUCCAGAGGAGCCUGUGGUGAUGGAACCAGUGGCCCCCCGCCAGGUCAACUUCAGUCGCGUCUUUUAUGGGAUCAUGUUUGAUGCUGGCAGCAGCGGCACCCGUAUCCACAUUUACAAGUUCAUCCAAAAAGACCCAGUUGAGCUUCCAGUGCUUGACAAUGAGAUGUACCAUGCAGUGAAGCCCGGACUGUCAGCAUAUGCAGAUAUGCCUGAAAAGGGUGGAGAAUCCAUUGUGCAGCUGUUGAAGGUAGCAAAAAAGACAAUCCCCAAAGAGCAAUGGAUACAGACACCUGUGGUUCUGAAAGCCACUGCCGGCUUGCGCCUGCUGCCUGAAGAGAAAGCCAAAGCCCUGCUGAAUGAGGUCAAAGAAGUAUUUGACGACUCUCCUUUCUUUGUGCCAAACAACAGUGUCACCAUUAUGAAUGGCAUCAAUGAAGGUGUUUUGGCAUGGGUUACAGUAAACUUCCUCACAGGUCAUUUAUAUUCCAAAACAAAGAGAACUGUUGGGAUCUUGGAUUUGGGUGGAGGUUCAACUCAGAUUACUUUCCUUCCCAGGUUAAAGAAAACUGUGCAGUCAGCUCCUUCAGACUACAUCGCCAAAAUCAACAUGUUCAACAGCACCUAUGAGCUGUAUACUCACAGUUACCUUGGAAAUGGCGUAUUUGCUUCUCGACUGGCAACACUUGGUGCUCUUGGUGCUGACGGUCUCGAGUGGAAAGUUUUCAGAAGUUCCUGUUUACCAAAAAAAUUCAGUGAAGAGUGGAGCUUUGGUGGACUGACCUAUAAAGUCAGCGGAACCCCAGAUGGUUAUGCAGGGUAUAAACUGUGCUACCAAGAGGUGCUGCAGGUGGUGAAAGGGAUUGUGCAUCAGCCAUUUGAGGUCAAAGGAAGCAGCAUCUUCUACGCCUUCUCCUAUUACUACGACAGAGCUGUGGAGUCGGGUCUCAUCGAUGGAUCCCGUGGCGGUACUGUGGAAGUCAGGGACUUCAAAAAGAAAGCCAAAGAAGUGUGCAAUAAGAUGACUAAAUACCGCCCGAUCAGCCCCUACUUAUGCAUGGACAUGACGUACAUCACAUGCCUACUGAAAGACGGAUUUGGCUUCAAGGACAGCACUGUUUUGCAGCUUGCUAAAAAGGUGAAUAAUGUGGAGACAAGCUGGGCUCUCGGCGCCAUAUUUGAUCAUUUCCACAAUUUCAGCAUUCAGUAAAGCUUGCGGUCUCAUGGAAACCAGUAUGAGGUGGAACACAGGGGAGCAGGAGGAAAAUCUCAAGUUAUCAAGCAACCCUUCCUAUUCCUCCUUCCCGUAACUCUAUAGUGAGUUGACAAACCUGCUCUGCACUGCAGUCCUGUAUCACAGCGCUCUCCUCUUUCACCAACUAAACACCCAAAGAACUGUUCGCGAAGAAAUCACUAUAUUUUUGUAAAGCCAGUCUGCUAUUUCUACUGUAUGUUUACAUUUUUUGUCUGUCGCCUCACCUGAGACACUGUCCAAGUUGGCAAGUUCUAAUCUAAAAUUCAUCAAUUUGAAGUAAUUUAUGCAGUUGUGCAGGAUAUUGUGCAGUGGGAUACGUGUAAAAACAUUGCGUUAAGUAGUGUAGCCUCCAUACCCUUUCUGCAGUAAUGGGAUAGUAGUAGUGCUUGCACAAUAGUGUAGUGCUGUUUUAGGUUGUGAUAAAUUAAUUUAGUGCCCAAAUAUCUAGCACGUAACACUUUAACGUAUCUACAACUGUCUAUGUGUGCUUUGGAAAGUUGUUUGGGAUAAGCAACUUAAUUUGUUUGUGACUGGACAGGUUGGGUUAAGAAUCAACCUUGGCUACUUGGCUACUUUGGCUAAAUGGCUACUUUACAUUGCCACAUGAUUGUGGAUUUAUGUAUUAUUAAAUAAUGCAUGUAUUUAUGCAAUAAAUGCUAGGUUUGCAUAGACUCAAGGUGGAACAUCUUUUAGAUGAAGUUCAUUAACUAGGUGCUUAUUUUUUAAACCGAGGUAUAACCAGGUUUUUAACACUGAAUGGCAUGCAGUUGAAUUAAUUUUUACAGCAUCCAUUAUCAAAUUAAAUAGGUGCAAAUGCUUACGUGUUAUAUCCUAUAAAUACUUUGAUAAAUAUAACUACUGGUCAGAUUAUUCGUAGACAUUAGGCAUUCCAUGUUACUGUAGAUUUUUUUAGGUCAACUUGCUAAGAGUGCCUUCAACCUCCUUUAUGUCAAGUUGGGUUGGUUAUUGUGGAUGGCUUGACAUAUAGUUUUGGGGGCUCGUGAUGUGGCAAAGCCUUAAAAAUGUUGCUGUUGUAUCUCUUUACAGAUGUUUGGGUGUAAUUGAGCAGAAUAAAGUCAGACUUUGUGCUAAAUGUGACAAGUGGAUAGAGCGGACAUAUUUAGGAUCAGUGUAAGAAAGAGCCUUUGCUCACAUGGCAGUAUCGUGUCAAAUGUGUUUUGUGAAUUAUUGUACAAAUAUUUAUUACAUGGUACUUGCUGAAAACGCAGUGUGGCAUGUUGCAUUUCUUAAUCCAUUAGCUUCUUUAAAGCAGCUUCAUUGUACAUUUCUAUGUAUUUUUUAAAGACUGUAUAUACAUAUUUUUUUCAUAGUUCAACGCAUGACGUGAGAUGUUUUAUGUAAUGCAUUACCAUUUAAGAGGUAUUUUCUACAGUAAAUGCUAUAAAUAUGCUUUCCAGUUCAGUGUUGUGUAUGAAAUGUUAUUGUACAUGUAUAAAUAAAAAACAUAAGAAAUA